GGGUAAGUGUGUGUGUGUGAGUGUGUGCGUGUGCGUAUAUGCGUGCGUGUGCGCAUAUGUGUGUGCGUGCGUGUGCACGUGUGCGUGCGUAUGCGUGUGUGUAUGGGUGUGCGUGUGUGUGUGCGUGUGUGCAUGUGCGUGAGUGUGCGUGUGUGUGCGUGUGUCUGUGUGUGCGCGUGCGUGUGUGCGUGUGCGCGUGUGCGCGUGUGCGCGUGUUUGCAUGUGUAUGCGUAUGCGUGCGCAUGUGUGUGCAUGUGCAUGUGAAUGUGUGUAUUGAAGAGACAGAAUUGGAAAGCUGCAAAUUGUCAACAAUCCAUGUUCUCCAGAGAUGAGAGGAUCACCGUUUGAAUCUCAGGAGUGUUGGACCAGCUGCUUCAACAUCGUGGAGCUGUGGUUUGCAGAGCUUCCAGCCGCGGAGUCAUGGGAUCCCUUUGCCGGGGGCCGCCAGCGUGAAUCUCCGCCCCGCGCGGCCGGUGGACUUCGGGAGCCACAGUCUCCGGUAACAAGUGGCUGAUUCGGAGGUCCAAGCCGCUGAGGAAUGUUCUCCCGUCCCGACGGAGUUCCAUCUCCUGGCGAACGGGCCUGAACAUCGGGCAACUACGGAGGGUUCGGGGAGGCCCUGACCACGGGUGAACAACAACAGAGGAGGACUGAACUAUGGUGCCUUCCCUCACAGUGGGAAACUUUGAUGCCGCUGUGUGGGGAUAUUUAUGUUAAAGACUAUCGUGUUCUGUGUUCUUUAUUUUUAUUCGUAUAUCUGUAUGGUGACCACAAAUGUACUGUACCAAUUGGUGCAUGUGACAAUAAAUGUCUCUUGUCUUGUCUUUCCCUCUCCCCUGACUCUCAGUCUGAAGAAGGGUCUCGACCCGAAACUUCACCCGCUCCUUCUCUCCAGAGAUGCCGCCUGUCCCGCUGAGUUACUCCAGCAUUGUGUGUCUGUAUAACCUACAAACCCGUACAUCUUUGGAGUCCUUGAUGAGAGGACAAUAUUCUGGCCGGAUGCACGUGGGCACACCGGGGACAAUUUACACGUUACUCUGAGGAACUCUCAAAUACUCAAUUUACAAGUUAUUGUUGAGUUACUCCAGCACUUUGCAGUUUAUCUUCGGUGUAAACCAGCACUUGCAGUUCCUUCCAACACGAUUCACUUCCGUGGAAGGAACUGCGCCACGGUGCACGGCGGUCAUGCUGGCGCAGCGGUAGAGUUGCUGCCUUGCAGCGAAAGCAGCGCCGGAGACCCGGGUUCGAUCCCGACCACGGGUGCUGUCUGAACGGAGUUUGCACGUUCUCCCCGUGAUCUGCGUGAGUUUUCUCCGAGAGCUUCAGUUUCCUCCCACGUGCAGGGUUAAUCAGCUUGGUAAAUGUAAAAAUAAAAUAAAAAUUGUCCCUAGGAUCGGGUAGGUGUGUAGGAUCGUGCAAGAUCGUGGCGUGCAGGUGAAUGUUGAAAGCUUCUGGAUCGGAUCCAAAUCACUGCUGACUCAUUGAUGAGCUAGCGAGAGUUCAGAAGGAGGUUUGGGCAUGAAGUGCUGAAUGGAAGUUACACUGUUGGCUCCAGCCGCAACUGUGUGGGCGUGCCUCGGCAGCAGGUAUAAGAGAGAGAGCAGGUACAAGGGAGAGAGAGUGAGAGACUCCAGAGACUCCACAGGCACCUGGCAGCAGAGAUAACCUGAGCACCAUGGACACCAAGUGGCUCGCACUGCUCCUCGCUCUCUCCGCCCUUCUCCACACCACCGCCGUCACAGCCAUGCCGACCAGUCACUUGAUCAGCUGUUGCACGCAAGUGUCCAGUAAAGUGAAUAAGAGGUUGCUGAGCAAAGUGAAACACUUCAAGAUUCAGGACAACCAGAUCUGUGACAUCAAGGCCGUGAUCCUGCACAAAGGUUCGCUAAGACUCUGUGUGGAUUCAAACAACCAGCAGCUGAAGAAAUGGAUGUCCAUAAACACCAAGAAACAGCUCUCCAGAGCUUGAGGCGACUCAGGGUGAAGCAAGGCAUGGAGAGAGGACCAUCAGCCAUGCCAGGACUCUGCCGCAGUGGGAUGAUCUGUUCUGAGCUAUGGUGGAACCGUAGCAAUCCAAUCAUGAACUCAAUGUCCGUUGUCAUUAGAACAUAGAGCAGUGCAGCACAGGGACAGGCCCUUGGGCCCACAACGUCCGUGCCGAACACUGGUGUCCUCUGCCUGCGCGUGAUCCUUCCAUAUCCAGAGAACGUAGAAAUGUACAGCAGGCCAUUCGGCCCACAAUGUCUGUGCUAAACAUGAUGCCAAGACCAACUCUUAUCUGCCUGCACAGAAUCCAUAUCCCUCCAUAUCCAUGCACCUGUCUACAAGACUUUAAACACCACUAUGGUAUCUGCCUCCACCACCACCACCCCCGGCAGCACGUUCCAGGCACCCACCCUCUGUAAAACAAAAUUGCCCUGCACAUCUCCUUAAAGCUAUGCCUUCUAGUCUUUGACAUUUCCACCCUGGGGAAAAGGUUCUGACUGUCGACCCUGUCUACGCCUCUCAGCAUUUUAUAUUCCUUUGUCAGGUUCUCCGUAACCUCCGACAUUCCAGGGAAAACAAUCCAAGUCUAUCCACCCUCUCCCUGUAGCUGAAACCCUCUAAUCCUGGCGUCAUUCCGGUCAACCCCUUCUGCACCCUCUACAAAGCCUCCACAUGCUUGCUGUAAUGGGGGCGACCAGAACUGUACGCCAUGCUCCCUACCCAAAGUCCUAUAAAGCUGCAUCAUGGCGUCCUGACUCUUGUACUCAACGCCCGUACCGAAGCAUACCAUGUAGGGCGGUCACGGUGGCGCAGCGGUAGAGUUGCUGCCUUACAGCGAAUGCAGCGCCGGAGACCCGGGUUCGAUCCCGACUACGGGUGCCGUCUGUACGGAGUUUGUACGUUCUCCCCGUGACCUGCGUGAGUUUUCACUGAGAUCUUCGGUUUCCUCCCACACUCCAAAGACGUACAGGUUUGUAGGCUAAUUGGCUUGGUAAAUGUAACAAUUGUCCCGAGUGGGUGUAGGAUAGUGUUAGUGUGCGGGGAUCACUGGUCGGCGCGGACACGGUGGCCUAUUCCGCUCUGUAUCUCUAAACGAAACUAAACUUAACUAUAUAACUUCUUCACUACUCUUGUGUUGCCACUUUCAGGGAGUUAUGGACUUGGACCCCAAGAUCACUCUGUGCAUCAAUGCUGUUAAUGGUCUUGGCAUUAAUGACAUAUUUUCCCCUUUACAUUUGGCCUCCCAAAGUGCAUCACCUCACACUUGCUCAGAUUAAACUCUACCUGCCACUUCUCCGCCCAUUUCUGUAGCAGAUCUACAUUCCACUGUGUACGUUGACAGCCUUCCGCGCAGUACACAGCCCCAGUGUCACUUAUAUGGGGAUAUUUCCCAAGUGGUAUUUUGUUCCAGUCAUCCUGACAAUGUUAUUGUUAGGCAGCGGGCAAUCUGUUUCCUGUGGUCUGCCAAGUGUUUGAUUAUGUCUGUCCAAACUAUGUUCAAUAAAGUAUUAUAUUUUAUCCCAAAAUGGUCCAGUUUUUGAUCACCUUCCGAUGGGAAAAAUGCCAUCGAGCCGGAGAGGAUUGCAGAAAAGAUUUACGGGGAUGUUGUCAGGACUCGCAGGCACGGAUUUUAUUCCUUGGAGCGCAGGAGGAUGAGGGGUGAUCUUUAAGAUCAGAUAAUGACGGAAAGCGCAAAUGCGCAGUCUUUUACCCAGAGUACAGCAAUCAAGAAUCAGAGGACAGAGGUUUAAGGUGAAAGAUUUAAUAUGAACCUGAGGGGUAACUUUUUCACUCAGAGGGCGGUCAGUGUAUGGAAUGAGCUGCAGAAGGAGAUAGUUGAGGCAGGGACUAUGACAACAUGUAAAACACAUUUGGACAGAUACAUGGAUAGGAUAAGUUUGGAGGGAUAUGGACAGGUGGAUUAAUGUAGAUGAGGCAUCUU